AUGCUAGCAUUCACCUUAGCCUUGGCUGGCAUCUUAGGCCCAAUCGGCUCCUAUGCCAGUGUAGGCACAUCAGCUUGCUCUAAUAUCACCUCCCAGUUGGGAUCUUCAAAGAUCAACAGUCACAAACUGAGCUUGGAAUAUCACAAGAGCACUGAAUACUGGAGCACACCUCAAGAUGCCUACAAGCCGUCUUGCAUUGUCUAUCCCGACUCCGCGCAAGAUGUAUCGGUGGCUUUGCAAGCAAUUCGAGCAGCCGAUGCCCGAUUUGCAGUCAAGGGAGGAGGACACAACCCAAAUACAUUCUUCUCAAGCGUGGAUCAAGGCGUUCUCAUUGACCUGAGUAGUCUUUCGGAGAAGUCAUAUGACCCAGACACCACAUUGGCGACAUACCAACCAGGUGGCGUCUUUGGUGACAUAUACGACUAUUUCAUCAAGUACAAUAGAACGGUCGUUGGUGCCCGACUAUCUGGAGUGGGAACUGGUCUGGCGCUGGGAGGUGGAAUGAGCUACUUGUCUCCCCAGUACGGGAUGGCUUGCGAUUCUUUCCGCGAACUAGAGAUUGUUCUUCCUGAUGGUCAGAUCGUGACUGCAUCCAACACCACCAACCCAGAUCUCUUCUUUGCGUCUCGCGGAGGCGGAGGAAACGCGUAUGGUGUUGUAACAAAGUACACCGUCCAGAGUCGCCCCGUUGGACAAUUCUUCGCCGGAAACAUCAUCUACGCAUUUCCCCAGAAAGACACCAUCAUCGAAGCGAUUGGCAAUUUUAUCCGAUACAACACCGAUCCCAAGGCGAGCAUCAUCGGGACUUAUGAGAAAUUGCCCACCCCCGAUUUGAAUCUCAACAUAGAUGAGGCCAUCAUAAUGUUCCUUGUCUAUGAUGGUCCUGAUCCAGGACAAGCUUUCGCAAACUUCACAAGCGUUCCGCAUCUGAUCGAUACCACAGGGAUCAAGACAUAUCCCGAAGUAGCCGACAUGCCCGUCUCCUUUGCGACCGAGGCAUCCCGAGGAAACAACAUUUUCCGAGUCGGUGUUCACCGCGCAGACAACGAGGAGUAUAAGAAUGCGCUGGAUGUUUGGCGCAACUGGGCCGAGUCAAAUAAAGGCAAAUACACGCUGCUUUCACUGGACUUCCAGCCCGUCCCGAAGAGCUUGACAGACGCUAGCAAGGCGCAAGGCGGGAACGCGAUGCAAAUGCCUGAUGGCCCAUGGUUCUGGCUGAAUUACUUGAUUACCACGCCCCCUGGCAUGAGCGAUCCUGAUUACGACGCCAUUCAGUCGAGCUUCCGCGAUAUGGUCUCAUCGACGACCAACGCCGAGGGUCUUCCACUCUUCAUCAACGAUGCGAAUCGGGAUCAACACCCCCUGUCAACAUUCUCCACGUACGAGAAGCUGCAGGGGAUCAAGAAGAAAUAUGACCCGGAAAACUUCUUUGCGGACAAGACGGGUGGUUGGUCAUUUGACUAG